UACUAAUAGCUCUGUUUGUCUUCACCCUAAGGGACCCUUAACCCAAAAACAGUUUUUUUUACACAGUGAAAGAGAAUUCAAUUUCUAAUAUGCGUUAAACAUUUGAUGGUUUCAAAGCUAUUUUAAAAUGUAAUUGCUAUUACUAUUAAAAACAAUAUAUGUCUGCCUACCUUCUCUGCACUGGUUUUGACUCCUAAAUGAUGUUUAAGCCAACCUUAAAAUACCUGGACGAGACUUGACUCCUGUUACUUGGUUUUAUGUUUCUUUUUAUAUAUAUUAUUUUAGAAGCAGAAAAAAACCCCAAGUUCUGGAAUGAUCAGGCCAAGGAGACUUUGAAAAAUGCUCUAAAUCUAAACCCCAUCACACACCGAGCCAAGAAUCUCAUCAUGUUUCUGGGAGACGGGAUGGGAGUGACGACAAUAGCAGCAGCUCGCAUUUAUCAGGGACAGGUGGAAGGGCAACCUGGAGAAGAGAAUAUAAUGGCUAUGGAAAAGUUUCCUUAUGUGGCUCUUUCUAAGGUGUACAAUGUAGAUGCACAGGUCCCAGACAGCGCAGGCACUGGAACAGCAUAUUUAUGUGGGGUUAAGGCCAACUCUGGAACACUUGGUGUAAGUGCUGCUGCAAUAUAUGGAAACUGCGUUUCAUCUAAAGGCAAUGAAGUGACUUCUAUACUGCACAGAGCCAAACUAGCAGGUAAAUCUGUGGGUAUCGUGACCACUACUCGUGUGCAACAUGCCUCUCCAGGUGCAGCUUAUGCCCACAGUGCCAGCCGUAACUGGUAUUCUGAUAAUGAAAUGACUUCAGCGAUGAUCAACAAUGGCUGCAAGGACAUCGCCUAUCAACUUGUGCACAACACAGAUAUUGAUGUAAUACUAGGAGGUGGAAGAGCCUACAUGUACCCAGCAGGAACACCAGACCCUGAAUAUCCUGGGAGCAGUGCAGACAGGGGUCUUCGCAGAGAUGGCCUUAAUCUGACAGAUAUUUGGCUGAGCAAGAGACAGAAUGCCAGAUAUGUGUGGAAUAAAGAGCAGUUUAAUGCUGUGAAUGUAGAUACCACAGAUUACCUUAUGGGUCUCUUUGAGCCAAAGGACAUGAAAUAUGAGCUGAACCGCAAUGCCUCCCUGGACCCAUCACUUGCUGAGAUGACUGAGAAAGCCAUAAGGAUCCUUAGCAAGAACCCCAAGGGCUUUUUCCUCUUUGUAGAAGGUGGUAGAAUUGACCACGGGCACCAUGAUGGGAAUGCAAAGCAGUCGCUGACUGAAGCACUUGAGUUUGAUAAGGCUGUUCUUAGAGGUGGGCAGCUGACCCAGGAAAAUGAAACACUCACUGUGGUAACUGCAGACCACUCACAUGUUUUCACCUUUGGGGGUUACACAGACCGUGGCAACAGCAUUUUUGGUCUGGCUCCCAGCCUAGCUAGUGAUCGCAAGCCAUACACUUCCCUGCUGUAUGGAAAUGGACCUGGGUAUCCUCUACCUGAUGCGAUAAGGGCCAAUAUCACAGGUGUUAACACAGGAAGUAACAGUUACCUACAGCAGGCUGCUGUCCCUGUUGUAUCAGAAACACAUGGUGGGGAGGAUGUGGCUAUCAUGGCAAAAGGCCCCCAAGCGCAUCUUUUCCAUGGUUUCCAUGAGCAGAGUUACAUUGCCCAUGUAAUGGCUUAUGCUGCUUGUUUAGAGCCCUACACCGAAUGCCCUCCAAAUGGUGGUUCCAUCUACACAGCCACCAUACUCCCACUGCUCACUGCUUGUCUUGUGUGCAUUACCCAGUGGUGAUCUCUGCUGGAAUAAUGAACUGAUAAAUGUACAGAUCACCUAAAGUGAAACAUUUCAUGACUGUACUGUUUGAAUUCCUCCUUUUUCUUGUGUAAUAUUGCCUAUAUGUAAAUUUGCACAGCACUUUCUAAUGGCAAUUAAUUUCAAUGUCUUUUCUAUAAAAAAAAAAAAAUCUAAAACACAGUAUUGUUCUAACGCUGCUUGGUUUGGGCUCCAGAAAUGAAUAUUUGACAGAGUCUUGAUUUAAGGAGACUGCAUCUAAGUGUUCUUAAAUAAAAUAUAAAAACGAUCUGAAAAAUGCAACAAUGUAUCAAGUUAUUUGAUGAUCAUCUUAAUAAAGACAAUUUAGAAUAAUGAUCUUAGUUUAAAUAAAAAAAGGAGUUGUCUCUA